UCCAGAUGUCGUGGUAUUUGAUUAGUUUGGUCAUAAGCAGUACAUUCGCAUAUGUUCAUGGAUGUUCAUGUGUCCCAUUUGAUCCAGAGAUAGAUUACUGUGCUAGAACUUCAGGAUUUGCUGCUGUGUUUAAAAUCAAAGAUAAUGGUACUGUUGUCGGUAUACAACUGGCCUAUGAUGUUGAUAUCCUCUACAAAUAUGUAUUUAAGGCUCCAAGUGAAAAUGUAAAAACUGAUAAACUGUAUACAAUGGUUGAUGGACCUGCGUAUGGGAUUCGUUUACGUCCAGAUAGUUUCUAUAUCAUCACAGGAUAUUUUCAACUAAGGGAUGAAACACCUACGGUAAUGACAACAUCACGUUGUAGCACACAAGACUACUUCAAAGAGAAUCCAAUCGUUAGUGGUGACCCACCUCCGUGCGAGAGAUCUGAUAAACAUGUUGAAUUUUCUGAAUGAUCAAUAUUAUAUCACUGCAAUAAAAAGUUAAAUUGAACCUUU